AUGUCAUCAGCCAUGUCAAAUACGACCGUUUCUCCAAAGCAGAAAAAGCGACCUUUGAAUGCUAAAUCACCAAGCGAGAUCAAUCAGAUUGAUUUAAGCAAUAAGCGCCCUAAAACAAGCAUGAAUAUGAAUAACGAUCAGGAAUCAUCAAUUCCUCCAUUACCAAAACAACGCCUUCAACUACAACAACAACAGCAACAGCAACAACAAAGACCAGUGACUUCAAGAUACCCAUCAAAGAUACCAAUAUUUAGUGAUAGGGACCAACCCAAAGGAGUUCGAAGAAUAUUUUCAGCCGAUUAUGAUAAUGCAUGGUCAUCGAUUCAAGAUCGACUCGCCAGAAAAUCAUCUGUGAAUGAUCCAAAAACAUUACAUAUUGCCCAAUAUAGGAGACCAACCAAAUCAGCUCAAGACUUUCGAAUCAAUACCCAGGAGAAAUAUUAUGCUCUUAAUGAAGAAUUCAAACGAUUACAAACAGAAUAUGAUGUUGACAAGAAAGAAUUUGAAAGUUUGAAACGGACUUUUAAAACAACAAAGUAUAGUAUAGAUGAAGUAAAUGAUCAAUUAUCGAUUUUGUCAUGUCGAGAAAUGGAUAAAGAGGAGGUUAUAUUGAAAGAAGUUAAACAUGCGGAAGAAGCUGCAAAAUUCAAAUUGAAAAAAUUGGAACAUGGACUAUUGGAUCAAUAUAAGGAAAUCGAAUUACAAAUGAAAGAUGAAUUACAAGAUGCAAAGGACUUCGAUGCGCUGUCUUGGUUGGAUGAAAUUAGUAAAUUGGAAAAGGUGAAUGAGGAAGUAGCCAAGCAGUUAGAGGAACUUUCAAGAAAAGAAAAGGAACAGCUUGAACCUUUGCAAGAAAAACUCGAAAAGGAACACAAGGAUAAGUUGAAACCUAAGACUGAUUUACAAGUUCAACUUACACAAGAAGUAAAUGAUCUUCAAAAAGAGCUUGAAGAGAUAGAAGUCAAAAAACGCAAUGCUAAAAUGAAACUUGAAAAAGAACAGAAUGCCGUUCAUCAGCAAAAAGUACAAAUAACAACCUUGGAACAUUCCAUGAUAAAUUUCCAUUCAACCAAGAGAUCAAUGCAAGAGAAGAUCCUUGAAAUAGAGAAAAGACUUGCGGAGCUACAAGCUAGUGAUAAGGAAAAACAAGAUAUAUAUGAUGUUACCUACGAUAAGCAUCAAAUUCUCAAAAAUAAAAUAAGGAAACAUGACAACUUAAGACGAAUCAUUGAAAAUUCAAUAAUGAAUUAUGAAGGUUUAUUCAGAGUGUAUGUCAUCUCCAACUCAAACUCAAGUUUCAUAAACGAAAGUCAAUAUAGCUUCAAUAGAGUCUUUGAUUCUGAUGCUCCAACGUCAUAUAUUUCUGAAGAAUUUUCUUGUCUUGUCAAGCAAUCAUUGACGGGUUCCAAUGUUUCGAUAUUCAAUUUUGCUGCAUCUCAUUCAACUAUAGACUUACUUGCAUACAGCACCACGGCCCUCGUGACAAAGAUAUCGACACUUAAUAAAAAGAAGUUUGAAUUAGGAUAUCAAUGCGUUUCUAUAUCAUUGAAUAAUGAUUGUUUGGACUUAUUAAACUCCGGCACAAAACUUUCCCAAUUUCGUGAUAUUACGAAGAUUAGUUCCCAAGAGAUGAGAAUCGAGGAUGGUAAAGACUUCACCAAGGUAGUGGAACAAGUCACUGAGUCAGCAUCGAAUAUAAUAUUACACAGGAUCACAAUUGAGGCCAAAGGGUAUACCAGAAUUUUCUCCAUGAUUGACAUGUCAAGAAUUUCAAAACCUCAACAGAUUCAAAUAUUACAGAAAUUCAUCUCAACAACUCAAACGCAUUCCAGUACGCCAAUUGAUAUUUUGCUAUCAUUCGCAUAUACGAAUUCCAAAUGCUUGUUCAUAGUUGCACCCGAUGAAGACGUUGAGCAACUUGAUCUAUUACAAACUAUAAACUCGACCGAUUCGCCCUACCAACGCAAGAGUUAA